AUGCCGUCAAUAUCCAGCCUGUACAUUCACAGCACAAUAGUAGUGCCUGCCCGCUGGAAGAGAAUUAAUAAUGAACCAUGCACUAUAAACGUUUUUACCAACAGAGAGGUCUUAGUUCCUCUGGCUCGAAUACUGAUCCCAAAGUACACUCUCCCCAGCUGGGAAAAUGGCUUAGCCAUGAUGACAGAAAAAGUGCACCUCUGCACUGGUGCUGUGUACAGGACGGACAUCAUUUCCAGGUUGUACACAUUAGAUGGCUAUUGUCUACAUUGUCCAACUGAGAUGGAGAAUAGCCAGUACUAUGUGGCUGUUGGAGCAGAUAAGUUUAGAGCCUUACCAUGUGAACAGCGGGUCCCAUUGCAGGAGAAUCAUCCAGGGGACCAGGAUCAGGGUGUGAACGGCGUCUGUCCUGCCCGCGCUACUGGCAGCGUUUCAGCGCCACUGAAUGGGACAUCUGGUCUGGAGCAACCACUGAAGUCUCAAACUGACAGCUCUGCAGAGUGUGAUAUUGAAAGUCCCCAGCACACUGUGUUCCCAUUAGAAGCAAGCGGAGAUGCUGAGUUAGGUGUUCGCACUGAUGAAGUAGAAACUUUUAAGUUUGCUCACACAGGCUUUGGAGAGGGCUUUGAGCGCACAGCCAGGGGCCAAACGAAGAACCACACAGACUCUGCCAAGCCAGGAAGAGCCAAACAACAGAGGCAGGUGUCCAGAAUCCCACUUCUUUUCCCGUCAGGGGAGGGCAGCGUGUUCAAUGCAAAACACAAAAGGAGGGAAAUGGCAGGAGCAGCAGAGGUGCAGGAAGACUGCCAGUUGAAGGUGGACUUGCCAAUUGAUCAGGUUGAGGCCAAAGUAGUUGAGGAGGAGUGUGAACAUGGGUGUUCUCGCUCUUGCAGACCAUGCAAGGCCUCGCUCUUGGCCUCAGAUGGCUCCAGCCUGCAGAGUUUGGACAUGAAAAUAUCCUAUCGUGAGAAGAGUGAAAAAGGGGCACUGAGCUCACCAACAGCCCCAUGGAUGGAGAACUUAAGUCACCUGACCCUCAGGUAUGACCUCCCUGUAGAUAAAAGCUACUUAUUGGAGCCUAAAGAGGAGGAGGUGUCAUCUAAGCUUGGGAGAAUACGGUCACGGAUAUUCUGGUUUUUCAAGGGUAGGUUCAUCAAAGCAUAA